AUGGACUUUAUGAAGCCAGAGACUGUGCUAGAUUUGGCCAAUAUACGCCAGUCUCUAGUACGAAUGGAAGACACGAUUGUGUUUGACUUGAUUGAACGCUCACAAUUUUUCAGCUCACCAUCGGUAUACGAAAAGAAUAAGUUUUCAAUUCCCAAUUUUGACGGCACAUUUCUCGAUUGGGCAUUGUUACAAAUGGAGAUAGCUCAUUCUCAAAUAAGGCGAUACGAGGCUCCCGAUGAGACACCAUUUUUCCCCGAUCUGAUCAAGGCGCCAAUUUUACCACCCAUCAAUUACCCUAAAAUCUUGGCUAGUUACUCAGAUGAAAUCAAUGUCAAUGACGAAAUCAUGAAAUUUUACGUGGAAGACAUUGUCCCUAAGGUGAGUUGCAAGGAAGGUGACCAAUUGGAGAACUUGGGAUCGGCGUCUACUUGCGACAUCGAGUGUUUGCAAGCGAUCUCCAGAAGAAUACAUUUUGGAAAGUUUGUUGCAGAGGCAAAAUAUGUCAACGAUAAACCAUUAUACAUCAAAUUGAUUCUCGCGAGGGAUGUCAAGGGAAUUGAGGACUCGAUAACAAACAGUGCUGUUGAAGCUAAAAUUUUGGAGAGAUUGGUGGUCAAGGCACAGAGUUAUGGUGUUGAUCCUAGUUUGAGAUUUGGUACAAAUGUGCAAAGUAAGGUCAAGCCCGAAGUCAUUGCUCAGUUGUAUAAGAAAUGGAUCAUUCCAUUGACAAAAAAAGUGGAGGUUGAUUAUUUGUUGAGGAGAUUGGAGGAUGAGGAUAAAGAAGUAAUUGAUAAAUAUAGAUAA